CAAGCCAGAGAAUACCGCACAAAGCGUGUAAGCGAAGCCCGCGAUGAGGCCAAGAAGGAGAUAGCCGACUACAGGAAGCAGAAGGAGGACGAGUUCAAAAAGCUAGAGUCGGAACUCGCCGCUGACAGCAAGCAGGCCAAAGACAAAACGAAUAAGGAGGCCGAGGCCAAGAUCAAAGAGAUUAAAGGCGACGGAACUCAGCACCAGGAUCAGAUCGUGUCUGAUCUUUUGAGGGCUGUGUUCAACGUGGAGCCUGUACCACAUAGCGCUGCAUAA